AUGGUAAAAAUUUUAUUUAUCAAUGGUGAAUGUAAUUGUAAUAGUAUAACACCAAAUCCUGUAACAAAAGUUGGACUUAGUGCUUAUCUUACCUCACCAUCCGAUUCUAAUGGAAAUAAAUGUAUUCCAAGUCAAAGUUGUAUCUAUUCUCUUUCUUAUUCAGUUUCUGAUAAUAUAGGAAUUAUUGGAACACUCUUUAAACCAAAUAAUUUUAAUUCUUCUGGUGCAACAUUAGCAUUUUAUGAUGGUAAUACAGUUACUGGAACACCAUAUAUGAUUGUUGAUGGAUCAUAUGAUGGAAAAGAUACUGUAAACAUUAUUUCAUCACUUGGAAAAAAUAUUACAAUAGUUUUUAAUGUAUCUAAUCAAAAUAAAGAUAUUCCAACAUUUACAUAUGUUUCCUCAUCUACAAUCAACAUUAGAACAACAACACCAAUUCCAACAACAACAACACCUAUUCCAUCACCUCCAUAUCCUAUUAUUCCUGACUCAUUUAAAUCUGAAGGUGAUAUAUUUAUAUAUGUUGAUUUAUCUUCAAAUGUUACAUUGACAUCACAAAUUGGUGAAGAAAUAGUAAAUGCUUUAUAUAUUAGUAUUGAUGAAAAUUCAUUUCAUUCAAGAAUAUUUUUAACACUUGCUACAGAUGUACAAAUUUUAUCAUUUGGUUGGAAAAAUUCUAAAUUAUUUCUUAAAAAUCAAUUUAAUAAUUUACAAAAUAUGUAUACAGGUAUUUCAAGUUCAACCAUUGAAUGGAAUAAAUUUGGUAGUAUAAUUAGUAGUGCUUUUAAUGAUAGUAUUUCACAAAGGCCAAAUGUUUUAAGAACUUUAAUAUUUUUAACAGAUAAUAAUAAUCAAAUGACUGAUAAUGGUAUUUCUCAAUACAAACAAAUUAUUAAUCAAAAUGAUAUUCAUCCAGUUUUAAUUAAUAUAGAUUCAUCUAAAGAUGUUUCAACAUUUACUAAAAUUUUAGAAACAUUUAAUGGAGAUAAUACAAAUCAAAUUGUUAAAAUUAAUUAUAAUAAUAUAACAGAUUUAUUUGAAAAUUAUUUAUUUAAUUCAAAUAUUAUGUGUAAUAUAAAUUCUUUAAAUUUUAGUGGAACAGAUUCAUUUCAAUUUCCAAUUCAACCAUUAACAGGAACAAUAAAAAAAAAUUAUUGUAAUUAUAUGAAUUAUACAAUAAAAUGUGUAUCGCCUUCUUUAACAAACAUCACAAUAACACUUUAUGAAUAUGAUUUUGAAGCAAAUGGUGAUUAUUUAACAGUUUAUAAUGAUCAAGGUAUUAUUCAAGCUGUUUUUACAGGAACAUCUGUUACAAAUUCAACAGAAAUUAUAAAAAAUACAACAUUUGUUGAAUUUAUUUUAUCAACAAAUAAUCAUAGAAUAUAUCCUGGAGUUAAUAUUAAAUUUUCUGGAUGUACUAUUGUAUAA